CUUCAAUAGCCCAUGUUACCCAGCAAUGUGUUGAUACUUGGGGCUCCGGGCACUGGGAAGAUCAGGAUAUGCCAGCACGUCACCAAGGAUUACAAGGCUGACACCAUAAGCAGCGACAGCCAUAGUGGGGUGCUUUACGAUGGUGAAUUCAGUACCAAAUACUACAAGAUCAAUUUGAACUUAUUGGUUGAAGAAUACCCUGAUUCCCGAGACUUGGUGCAUGACGAGGACGAGAAGGCAAGGAAGUUGGGCGAGUGGUACGAAGAAUUCAGAAACCAGGAGUAUAAGGAAUUGCGAGAUGUAUUAAAUGGGUUCAUCUUCACUUUUGACCUUGCCAAAGACUCAAUAGAGUAUUUGAAAGAAUGUUUGAGGGUGGUGGACCAGAUACGGAGCCAGCUCGUGGACGAGUCUGGCGAGGAUGAAUGGAAGGGUUUUAUUGUGAUUGCUGGGGUUAAUAGUGCCGAAAAUGGGAAAACUGAAGCGAUUGAGGAUGAAGUUCUUCUGUUAGGAUUAGAGUUUGUGAAUAUAUCAGAAAAGGGCAUGAAUGAAUACCACGAGAGAAUCGGUAUAGAUCGGUUAUACGAGAUUUUUGAAUCGCACGAGUGGGAACACAUGGACACUGAUGUGAAGAAGGGAGAGUAUGAACAAAGUAAGAGGAACAAAUUGGAUGAGAUGACAAAGGGGCUACUAGAAGUAAGCGACGAGGAAGCGGAAGUGGAAGAUCCUCGCCCGGCAAUGGAUCUCGAAGAGGUGUUCCAACGAUUACAAAUUGCCAAAGACUCUGUGAAAGAUAUGAAUGAAAGUCAACGAAAAGAAUACGCCAAUAAGGUUAUUGAAGAGAUGCUUGAUUUUAUAUAAGUAUAUAAUAAAUAAUGAACUUAAUGAAUUAUAAUUUACUAAGACCCAACUCGGAAUGUUCGUAUUGAACGGCGUAGCCAGGAUCAAAAUAGCAUUCUUGACAGUCUUCAUCAGCAACGCCAUUUUCGUGAAUAAACACUGCAAAAUCAAUAUGGGCUACCUGCUCAUCAAUAACCACCAUUGGAGCGUGCCAAAUCCCCGCCCCGUAGGUUAUUGAUUGGUUACCUUUGCAAAU